UUCCCUAUUUUCAUCACUCCCCUUGCCUUUAGUGACUUUGUAGCACUAGAAAAUUUUCAUUUUCUCUAUUUCCAGAUCCAAUUUUUCCGGCCAUGCCGAUCAACGAAAUUUCCGUUGGAAGCCAUGAGGAACUCCGCCAAUCAGGGACGCUCAAGGCGGCCUUGGCGGAGUUCAUCUGUACCUUGAUCUUCGUGUUCGCAGGUCAGGGUUCUGGUAUGGCUUUCAACAAGCUAUCAGCUGACGGCGCCGCUACUCCUGCCGGCCUAAUCUCUGCCUCAAUAGCCCAUGCCUUCGGGCUGUUCGUGGCCGUCUCCGUCGGUGCUAACAUCUCCGGCGGCCACGUUAAUCCCGCCGUUACCUUCGGUGCUUUCGUUGGUGGAAACAUCACUUUGUUCCGUGGGAUUCUCUACAUUGUUGCACAGUUGCUUGGAUCCACUGUUGCUUGCUUCCUCCUUGAAUUUGCCACUGGUGGCAUGAGCACAGGAGCAUUUGCAUUGUCAGCUGGUGUAUCAGUAUGGAAUGCUUUAGUGUUUGAAAUAGUGAUGACUUUUGGACUUGUUUACACUGUGUAUGCCACUGCUGUUGACCCAAAGAAGGGAGACUUGGGAGUAAUUGCACCAAUUGCCAUUGGUUUUAUUGUUGGUGCCAACAUUUUAGCUGGUGGAGCCUUUACUGGAGCUUCAAUGAACCCUGCUGUAUCAUUUGGGCCAGCUUUGGUUAGCUGGACCUGGACCCACCAAUGGGUCUACUGGGCUGGACCCCUUGUUGGUGGUGGGAUUGCUGGUGUUGUCUAUGAACUCAUCUUCAUCAACCACUCCCAUGAGCCACUCCCAAGUGGAGAUUUUUAAGAUAUUCAUGAAAUUUCACCCUCUGUUGCUUUCAUUUUCUCUUUGGAGUUUUCCUUGUUUUGUCUAUGUUCAUUGGACGCUGUUGAAUUGUAUUGUGUAUUCAGACGGCUUUUAUUAUUUACUAUAUUAGCCUUCUUUAA